UUCCGCCACGUGUGCAUCACCUUCGUUCUCAACGGCGCACAAACUAAUAAUUUAUUGUUGAUUUAACAAAGCCCACUGCUUUGUUUUCUUAAUAGAGAAGAACAGGUACAGCGAAACGAAUCUGAUGCUAAACUCCAUUUUGCUGUGAAAGAAAGCAAAGAUCCCAUCUUUGAAGUAAACCCCAUCUCCCCCAAAUUCGAUUUCUUCAAGUAACCUCCGCAAAAAUAAGAGGUUUUUGUUUCUGUUUCUGUUUUGGUUUUGGUGUUUGACAAUGGCGGAAGACUUUGCAAGGGCGGUGGAAGACGGGCUUAAGCUAGCAAAACGGGUAUACUUAGGUAAAGACAGAGCAGUGACGACGGCGCCGCCGCCUUUGCAGUUUUUAUCCGAUUGGUACUUGCCGUCUGCUCCUAUGGUUUACGCGGUUAUAUCCGACCCGAGGAUGGUGGACAACCCGGAUAUGCCGAGUUACCAGCCUCAUGUCCACGGCCGGUGCGAUCCGCCGGCUUUGAUUCCUCUCCAGAUGAGCGGCGUCGAUCUCGAAGUUGAUUGUUAUGGAGAUACGGCUUUCGUUCAGGUCUCCGGUAAAUUGAGGGUCCAUUGCGUCAUGGGUAGCCGUUCUUGUGAUUGUCGGAUUGCUGUCCCCAUGGGAAACCAGGGUUCGAUACUAGGGGUGGCGGUUGAUCUUCCCGGGAAAUCGUAUUCGACUGAACUGAUCGGAGAAGAAGAAAGUAGGGUUAUUGAAAAGUUAGCAAGACCACAAGAUGCAGGCUUUUUGAAGCCACACAUAUUUACUUUAACAAUACCACAGGUUGAUGGUGGUACUAAUAUCGGAAUCAAGCUUCGUUGGUCUCAGAAAUUGUUGUACGAUCAGGGCCAGUUUUCCUUAACCGUUCCCUUUCGAUUUCCUGAAUACGUUACACCGGCUGUAAGGAAGAUUUCGAAGAAAGAACGGAUUCAGUUGAAUGUCAACUCUGGUAUUGCAGCUGGAGUCUUGUGCAAGGCAACUAGUCAUCCUUUGAAGGAAACGAAACGGCAGGCCAAGAAGUUUUCGUUCUUGUAUGAAGCAGAAGUUCUCACUUGGUCUAAUACUGAUUUCAGUUUCUCUUAUAGUGUCUCGUCCGGUAACUUAUUCGGAAGCGUCCUUUUGCAAUCUCCGCCUUUGUAUGAUUGUGACCAAAGGGAUAUGUUUUGUGUUUAUAUUUUACCUGGAAGUCAGAAGAGUAGGAAGGUUGGUGUUCAAAAGGCGGUCGUAUUCGUAGUCGACCUAAGUGACAGCAUGCAAGGGAAGCCACUCGAGGCUACCAAGAUUGCAAUAUCUUCUGCCCUGUCGAAACUCGGUCCAGAAGAUUCAUUUAACAUUAUCGCUUUUAGUAGUGAAACUUCUCUAUUUUCAACUUCCAUGGAGUUGGCUUCUGACGAAGCGAUUGAACGGGCCACUACAUGGAUGAGCACGAAAUCUACAAUGGGUGAAGGUACGGCUAUGUCGAUUCCACUGGAAAAGGCAUCCGAGAUGCUAUCGGACACUAGUGGUUCGGUUCCUAUGAUUUUUCUUAUCACCGAUGGGGCUGUUGAAGAUGAGAGAAACAUUUGUGACUCGAUGAAAAAACGUUUGACAAACGGAGGAUCACCGUCUCCGCGCAUAUAUACUUUUGGCAUAGGUUCAUUCUGUAAUCACUAUUUCCUGCGCAUGCUUGCCAUGAUCGGCCGGGGAGAUUUCGAUGCUACUUGUGAUCUAGAUUUAAUUGAGGUUCAGAUGCAAAAGUUAUUUAGCAAAGCUUUGUCUACCGUUCUUGCCGAUAUAACCAUCGAUGCAUUCGAUGGUAACGAACAAAUAGAGGUGUACUCUUCAUGCAUUCCCGACCUUUCCUUCGAAGACCCGUUAACGAUAUGCGGUAGGUACGAAGGAAGUUUCCCUGACACGGUCAAAGCUAACGGUAUCUUAGGGGAUUUGAGUAACUUUGUCACGGACUUGAAGGUUGUAAGGAAUACCGACGUUCCUCUUGACAGAGUGUUAGCACGGCAGCAGAUCGAUCUACUCACGGCUCGAGCAUGGUUGUCGGAAGAUAAACAGCUCGAGCAGAAGGUUGCACAAUUGAGCAUCGAGACUUGCAAUAUCUCGGAGUAUACUCGAAUGGUCCUACUCGAGAAAAAUAAACUGGACAAAGCAAAUGAAUCGUCUGGAGCUCUAAAGGUAAAGAAAGGCGAUCCGCACAAGAUCAGGGAUCCCGGAGCGCCCAAGAAGGUACUGCUUCGGAGGCUUUCGGUUGGCUUCGGCGACCUGACCGCAACCGCCGAAAACAUGCGUCCGGGAGCGGAAGAACCAAAACUGCCGGACGCCGCGGAAGCUUUCAUGAAGGCGACUUCGGAUUGCUGCGGCCGGACGUGCGAGCGCUGCUGUUGCCUGUGCUGCAUCCAAUGUUGUUCGAAGAUGAAUGAUCAGUGUGCCAUUUUGUUGACACAAAUAUUCACUGCUUUGGCAUUCAUCGGUUGCCUGGAAUGUUGCACAUUGUGCUGUUGUGCACAAGAUGGGCAAUAGUGUCUAUACGAUACUCAAUUCGAAUUAAUC